CAUCAGUCUGGAAAAUGGGAAUUUCAAAAAACCCUAGCGCUUUCCACUUCUUCCAUUUUGGUGUCCACACAUCUACUCUCUCCCUCCAACAAUGGACGACGCUGCCGAUGCUCUGUUCGAACUAGCCCCCACGCCCCACUCCCACCGCCGCCCCGGCCGCCGCCGCCUCCACCACUUCCCCAUCGGCUCAAUCGUCGAGGUACGCACCGACGAGGAGGAUUUCAAGGGCGUCUACUUCUCCGCAACCGUCCUCCCGCCGCCCAAUUCCCCGAAGAAGACCGGCCGCAAGAGAUCCAGGAAGCUCUACGUCGAGUACCACAACCUGCUCGCGCACGAGGACGGCUCGGAUCGGCUGAGGGAGCACAUUGACGCCUCCUGCGUCAGGCCUACGCCGCCGCAGCACGACCCUGGCAAGGGAUUUGAUCUCGACGACGUCGUCGACGCCUUCUACAAGGACGGCUGGUGGACCGGCAUCAUCAGCCGGGUGGUUGCCGAAGGCGAGAGGUAUACCGUGACGUUUCAUAACCCCCCUGAUGAGCUCGAGUUUGGGAUUGGAGAGCUGAGGUUGCACUGCGAUUGGGUGAACGGGAAUUGGGUUCGUCCUCAGAAACAGAAUAUAGCAGGAUUGAUGUUUGAUGUUGGAAGGAAGGUGGAGGUGUCAUUUGACAGAGAAGAUUUUCAGGAUGCUUGGUUCCCAGCCACAAUUCGUGAAGACCUGGGGAAUCAGACAUUUUUGGUAGAGUACAAUAGUGUAAACCCUGAUAGCCAUGGUUCCACUAAAGCUAGUGUUGAUUCUUUGCACAUCAGGCCUUGCCCACCACUUCUCAAAGAUAAAAAUUUUAUUUUAUUGGAAAAAGUGGAUGCGUUCUUUGACUUUGGCUGGUGGAAUGGGAUAAUUACAAAGGAGCUUGAGAGCAGUAGGUACCUUGUUUUCUUUAAGCAAAUGAAAUGCGAGAAAGAAUUCAAUCAGUCAGAAUUGAGACCUCACAUGGAUUGGAAAGAUGGCAAAUGGUUCACUUCUGCCCAGGAACCGUCAGUCCCAUCCUUAGACGAUGGCGUCGGUCAACAUCUCACACCUGAUAACUCUACUGCCUCUGUCGAAGCUACUCCACUGAGCAAUUCAGUCGAUGGAGAGGACACUUGUGGUGGAAAAACACACUCAUCAUUGAUACCAAGAAAUAAUUUCUUUGAGAAAUUUGUUCUGGAUAAGCAGAAACCGUCCCAUGGGUCUUUAGCUUUGGCAAAAAGGAGAUAUGUAUCUGGUUCAGGGGGUGCUCCUUCUCAGCCUUUUAAAAAGCUCAGGGAAGGAAAUUUAGUGCUGGCAAAUAUAAAGGAUGUGCAUGAUGGAUCAAAUAAAGAGAUUUCAUGCGGUCCUGAAAGCCCAAAAUCUUUAAAUAAUAUGCAGAGAAAGCAAAGGAACAUUCUUACAAAACAAAAUGGCAGUGAAAACAUUAAAUCCACACCCACCACCCUAGGGAAGAGCGCUGCAGAAAUGUUGCCAUUUGAAAGUUCACAACUUGGUUCUGGAGACCUUGCAGAGAAGGAACCGGACACAGCUCGAACUGGAAACACUGAAGAAGGUGCACAAUACGAGCAUGCAAGACGUGAAGCUGAGCUUCCUAUAGUCAUAGUCUUGCCAUGUGCUGAAGCUGGGAGCUCAGGAAAAUCAGGAAGUGACAGGAGUCGACCUUCGAGCAAUAAGGGUUUAAUUAACUUGGAUGAUCAGAGACAUCAAAUCUAUGACUUUACAACUGGGAGAAUCACGGAUGGCAAGCAAUUAGGAAUGGACGACGUUAGUGAGAAGAAAAGGAAAGGGAGACCAAAAAGAAACAUGGGUGAAAGCACUGGUACUAAGUCUGCAGGAAGUGGUGAGCAUGGAGGUCAGAGUUCAGGUGACAUCAAUUUAAACAGGGUAGAUGAUGGUUCACAGGGAGUCCAUGACAUGAUGGUGAUUGACAUCGAGGCCUCGAUAUCGGAUCAGGAGGAGACAGAGCCAAAUCAGGAAACAACAUCGAAUGGCCAGUCUGGUCCUCGGAAAAGAAAAGUGAGAAUGACAAAACGAAUAUUGGCCAGUAAGCAUGAGGAGUCUGGUGUAGCAGAGCCAGUCAGGCUGGCAGAUAAUCGUUUAUCCAAGAGAGGACGGAAACAGUUUUCAAGUGGUAGAAUUGCAGUCAAAGUUCGAGAUUCUGCUGGUGCAUCUGGAGGCGAAUCGGUGGUAAUUAACCCCACACUGGAUGUAGAGAAAGUCAUUGAACCUCAACCCAGCAAUGAGUUUGAUAAUGAGCCGCUUUCAAAAUGGAUCGAGGAGAUGCACGUGUCAUCUGUAAUUGAUGGCUCAAGAUUGCCACCUGCGGACACAGUGAUGGUGCCAUACACUGAGAAUGGUACGACUCAAGUCGACCCUGUUGGGUCUGAUGAGGCUAGUGAGAUGCAGCCAGAAAGUGGAAGACAAUCUUCUGGUUUGGUUGAUGGUUUGCCUUCUGACAGCAACAUCACUGGUAAUGUUACUGAUGAAGGCACUCAAAAACAAUCAGAAAGUGGAAGACAAAGCAUGCCUUCUGGGGAAGAGACUUCUAUUGUUUUGCUCGAUUUGAACAGUGACCAUUGGUCAGAAGACGAAGCACAAGCUUCUUUGACGGUUAAUAGAAGUCCCAUGAUUACUUAUCAACCCCUUCAAAGUUCUGUGGAAAACACUCUAGCUAUUGUGCUGGAUGAGGAUAUAGAGAAGCGGCCAGAAAGUGAAGCACAAGCUACUCCAACGGUCGAUAAAAGCCCAGAAAGUUCCGUCAAAAAGAUCAUUCAUGAGCAUUUCGAGGACAAUGAAAAGCAGCCAGAAAACAGAACAACACCUGCUGCUUUGGUUAAUCAAAUGGCCCUAGUACGGAAUGAGACAGAAAAGCUGCCUUUUGUGAAAAACACCAUUCUUUGGAAAACUAUCGAAUCCAUGCAAGUAUUCGAGAGGCUGCCACAGAAUCCACAUUUCCGACCUUUGCUGAAUUUCAAAGAAAGUACACGAGAAGGCAUGGCUAUAGGCUAUAUGGUAACAUUUUCCAGCAUAGUAGAAAGAGCCUCCAAGUUGCAGCUAACUGAUCCCGUAAGCAUCAUGGACGACAUAAAAGAGACACUUACAGACUUGGAAACACACGGGUUUGAAGUCAGGCCCAUUCAGGACUGCAUACACGAGCUGCUCGUUAUGAAGGACAAACAAGAAAGGCUUGCAAAAGACGCAGAAACUCUCAACGGACAGCUCACAGAUCACAGUGACACGAAAGCCAGACUUGAAAGAGACAUCGACGAGAUCAACGAGCAUAUACAGAAGCUGCAGAGGAAGCGGUUGCAAGUGGAGUCCUUGAAAGAAAGGGAGGAUGAAGAGAUUGCAUUCCUGCAGGUUAGGCUGAGGGAAACCAAAUACAGCAUCAAGACUGUAGAGAGUGAUUUUGAAGGUAAAGUUUCUUCUAUUUUGUGAAAUUUGAGAGGGGCAAAAAUUGGUGGUGAAGAAAGUGGCAGUUGUAGGUGAUAUUGGUAGUAAUGCAGAGCUGAUGGUUUGUAUAUUUUUGCUCGUGUAAAGGUGGUAACAUCUUUUGGUUAAAAAUGUUAUGUAGGUGUAGUAGUAGUAAAUGUCUUUUGUUGCUGAAAGGAAUGAUGUAGCACAGGUGAUGGGAUUAUAACUUUAUUACUACAACACUACUACUUUCUUAUUCA